CUCGAUCAGAGGGAUGAACGAGAAAUGACGCCUUUGCAUUGGGCUGUCCGAGGAGGUAGCAAGGAGGUAGUGCAGCUCCUACUUGUACAUGGAGUCGAUGUUGAUGUAGAGGAUGACCUUGGUUUCACGCCUUUGCAGCGAUCAUUCGAAAACGAAGAUGAAGUAGUGGCACAGCAACUUCUUGAUCAAGAUGCAAGUUUCACAAUACACCAGUUUCGCCCGAAUCCCUUCUACCAAGCAGCUCGUUGGGGUAACAAAAGAAUGUUGAAUAUGCUUCUGGAGAGGGGGCCAGACAUUAACAAAUUUGAUUUGGACGGUAUUGCAGCACUGCAUCAUGCAGUAUUGAAUGGAGAGUCGGCGUCUGUGCAGCUCCUACUCGAGUUAAACGCA